GUCUCUAACUUAACUAUUGAGCAACAGAAAAUUGUUCCUGUUCCAAGAUUCCAAAUUCUAAUUGUUUGUAGAGUCUUAGAACUCACAAGAAUUCCCUUUACAAAAUACCUUUUUGUUUCCCUUAGGAUAGCUGUUACAACCAAGGACACAUCAUAAACGAUAAAGUUUCAGCAGCCAGCAUCAGCACGUGUCAAGGGCUAUGAGCUGACACGAAAUGCCCUACUCUGGGAUGAAAAGACUGGAGGAAACUCGAUGCCUUUGGAAAGUUUUGAGCCUAAAAAGCCUGGGGUUGUGUGCAGAGCAGAAAAAGAUGAGUGUGAUCUGCCUGAAAUGUGUGAUGGGGAAGUCCUUCAGGAAGGGGAAGUCAAGGAGGCAGUUGGUUAUAUUGUAUCCCAAAUCAGGAAGCAGAAGAAGAUGAAACCCAGGAUGAGUCCAGCUUUUUCCUUUUUAUGCAGUCUGGGGCUACAGCUCAUGGAUGAUGCUAUCCAGACUCAAGAAACCAAGGUUGCAAAUAAGUCAUGUUACAAGCAGAAUGAAGGUGGGUCAAAGUACGGAUACUGUCACGUGGAGAAUGGUACCCACAUGCCCUGCAAAGCCAAGUGUGCAUUAAUGCAGAGUGUGUGGACAUGGAGAAGACAUACAAGUCAGCCAACUGCUCCUCCAAGUGCAAAGGCCACGCAACUUCUCAACCGUGGUUGGUGUGUUCUUCCCCAUGGCAGUCAUAUUUGUGGUGAUUGCUAUAGUGAUCUAUCACCAAAGUGCCAGAAGAAAACAAAGGAGAGUUCAGAGGCUACCACCCAUCAAGGAUGCCAAGCUACACAGGCAGAAGUGUAGACCCCAAAAGAUGAGUCAAAUGAAAAAGCUCCAUGUGUCUGAUCUGCCCACUGAAGAGCAGGAGCCUCCACCUGAUGUUCUAAUCACAGAGCCAAAUUUCCUACCACCACCAAUUCCUAUUUCCUUGGACCGAAUGCAAAAGUCUGAAGCAACAACUAAACCAGGGUCGAUGAUCAGAUGGUAAGAGUGGAAAUGUCGAUGUUUUGGAUGGAAAGAAGAUGUGCUUACUUCAUUCUUACUAGUGCUCUUGACCCUCAGAGGUUAACAUGUUCUGGUUUGUGCUAUAUUUUGAAGAGAUUAAAACAUUUAAGAAACACACUUUUGAAAAUAUCCAUGCUAAUUUAAAUGAUCUCCUUUCCAUACUCCUAGGGAGAUGGCUAAAGGAAUAUAUAAACUGUAAAACUCUAGUUGAUCCCCCUCCCCCUUUAUUUUUACUAUAACAUUGACUGAUAGCUCGAAUAUCUUGAAGGCCUUAAAUUUCUCAUUUGGAUAGGAAUGAUGUACUCUCUAAUGAAAAUUAAACAGGACAGAAAGGACAAAACAAAAUCAUAAGACACUGGGGAGGUGCAUUCAUUGCUAACUAAGUAGCAACGUCUUGAUUCUUUUAACUUGUCAAAUUAGAACAUCCAGUUUAAAAAAUGUAUGUAAGCACCCUGUUUUAUGUGUCCAUGCUACCCUUUCUCCUGACGUUUGUAUUAACCUUGUUAUUUGGGAGUAUUCUACAAUCCAGUAAAAUGUGUUAAUUAAAAAAAAUUAGUCACAGAUAUUUGUAUGCCAACUACUGGCAUGGUUAGAGGAAACCUCCCUUUCUAAAUAGAUAGAUAAUGUUUUAGCUAAAGAAAUGAACAUAAACCAGAAGUCACAAACUAGCGACCUGCUGGCUGGGUUUGGAUUACAGAUGUGUUUUAUUUAGUCUAAAUUAAAGAUGUUGACCACACAAAGUUUAUUUUUUAAACUGUUUUUGGUUUCUUAGAAAUAAAUUUUAAGUUGUGAGAUCUUGCAUAAACAUCUAAAUUCCUGGAUUAAAAGAAAAAAAUCAGAUGGUCUGUCAACAACAGAACCAUGUUGUCUUUAACAUCUUCGGCUUCAUUGACAGAUGGUAGAACCAAUAUGGUUGGUUGGGUACCAAAUACCCCCUUCCUUGCUUUAGGAACUCUAAUUUAGUCUCACUGUCCAGUUUUAGAAUGAUGGGCACAACUCCAUACAUGUUAUGCUAGCCCACUCAUAACAAUCACAAUAUUGGUUUUGCCAGAGAUUUGUAAAUAGAUGGGUAACUCCCCAUUUUGUUCCUGUGGAUGAGGGAGGAGACAUGUUGGGAAAUUUCUGAGGGAUAUUUCUCCAUUCAUCCUUUCUUCUGGUUGUUGACAUGUGAUACUUCUGCAGCUGUGCUGUGAUCUGAAGGAAAAGAUGAUGUGAACAAGAUAGAGCCGGGAGAUAAACAAAAUUAACUGCACUUCCUAAGAUGUUAUUGAACUGGUAGAUUAACAAUUGUUGAAGUGGGUGCACUUUUUGCUAGGACUUCUUGUACAAUCAAUAAAUUUUCCUUGUUGUCCAAA